AUGUCCAAGCAGGAAAUCGACUCACUCCUCUGGGACUAUCGCACAGUCUGCACGGCGGGAACGGCCUCCUUGGUCUCGACAAUGGCCAGCUUCCCAUUCGACAGUCUGAAAUCGCGCCUCCAAGUCAAGUAUUAUCCCAGCAUCUGGAGCUGCGCAAGGGCCGUAGCCCGUGAAGAGGGGAUCGGAGGCUUCUUCCGCGGAGUGACGAUCCCGCUCAUCACGAUUAGCUUCGUGCGGACGUCGAGUUUCAGUAUAUACGUGAACACAAAACAGGCGCUGCAUCAACGGGGGUAUGCCAAGGACAAAUCGAGGCUCAGAGACGUAGCGUUGAGCGGGAUGGCGGGAGGAGCUACGAGUGGGAUCAUCAUCAGCUGCGGAUCGGCGCCCUUUGAACUGGUCAAAGUGCAGAGGCAAUUGGAGUACCUUACUGCGGUACAGAAGGGCCUCAUCGGCGAAGCGGGAGCAUCAAAUACUGGUGGGGCGGCAGGAUCACGGCGGCCCUCACCGCCUGCCGCCAAGUACAAACCACAAUCAGGCUUCGCAGCUGCGUCCGACAUCUUACGCAAUCACGGCGGGAUCCGUGGCUUCUACAUUGGGUUUCCCCUCCACCUCACGCGAGAUACGCUCGGGACGAUGCUUUACUUUGGAUCCUACGACUCGAUACGAAGCAUGGUGGGGCGAUACUCCAAAGACGGCACACUGUUCGGCCUACCUUCGCCUGUGGUCUCCUUCCUCUCCGGCUCGACAGCGGGCAUAGCAUCGUGGCUCCUCGUGUACCCGGUGGAUCUUCUCAAGACGAAUGUGCAGCAGCGUACGCUCAGUGGGCAUCCUCAGCAGUUGACGGGAUAUCAGCUCUUUACACACCUCUUGCGCGAGAGACCGCCGCCGGAAGGCUCGCUGGUUAGCAAGGACACGCUCGUGCGGCGCUUCUUGCGCCUCUACCGCGGUUUGGGGGUGUCGGCGCUGCGCAGCUUCAUCAGCCAUGGGCUGACAUGGACGCUGAUUGAGAGCUUGAGCGACAGGUUAGAGAGGCGGACGGGCAGAAAGAUGAGGGAGACGUAG